GGAGAGAGAGCGAGGAGAGGGAGAGAGAAGGCGUUCCCACGUUCCGGUCCCAAAGCAGCGGACAGCGGAGCGGACGGUGACACGCAGGAAGGAAUCACCAGCAUCCAGACUCUCGGCUUUUCGCGCUGCUGUGCUCUGACUCCCACCGACAGCUCAUCGCACGCGCGUCCCCUUCACGGCCCCGUUUUUCCCACGCCGAUGACAAAGUGAAGCGCUCCGUCAGCCGAGCCCACCGCGCCCGAAGGAGCGCACCGCUUUGGCUUCUUUUACCUUACUUCCUCCAGUCCGGGCGGAUCGGAAGCCCCCCCCCCCCGCGGAGCCGCGUUCCGUCAGGUCCAGAGGAGACUGUCUUCCCGCAUCCCCGUGCUCGUCUGUAGCUGACUCAUUUUGCUGCGCUCGGGACCAUGGCGGAGUACAGCUCUCUGCUCAGCGACCUUUCUGAAAACAUCACCAACGAGGACUUGGAACAGCUCAAGUCUGCCUGCAAGGAGGACAUCCCUGAGGACCAGAGCAACAACAUCACCUCCUCCAAGGAGUGGUUCAGCUACCUGGAGAAGAACGACAAGCUGGCCCAAGAUAACCUGUCCUACAUCGAGCACAUCUUCGAGAUUUCACGGCGACCAGACCUGCUGACGAGGGUGAUCGAGUACCGCACAACCGUCCUCAAGAUCUCUGAGGAUGACGAGAUCGACACAAAGCUCACACGCAUCCCGUCAGCCAAGAAAUACAAAGACAUCAUCCGUCAGCCGUCUGAAGACGAGAUCAUCAAGUUGGCCCCGCCCCCUAAAAAAGUGUGAGGUCGCGACCCGAAGCACCAAUCUUUGCACCUUGAUUUCUUCGCUCCCGGCACUCCAGUCAAUUGACCAAGCGUUUCCGACCAACCCCAUCACCCCCCCCCCCCCCCCCCCCCCCCCCCCCCCCCCCCCCCAGCCCCCUCACCCCACGCACACACCUGCCAUGCCUCCCUUACCUGCAUCAACACAUGGCGUGACGCAGAACCGUGCAGGAAGCCGCCCACAAAGCAACAAAUCGGACCAAGCGACUGCAGGCUCUCCCCGAGCUGAGGGGCGACAGGAAGCUGCAGGCAAAAAGGACAUUAGAAGAAGAAAUCUGGAAACGGGCCAACAGCGUGUGUGAGAGGAGAGAGAGAAGCCAAAGUCGACUUUAGAUUCAAGUGCUGGGUGGGUCAGUUGUGAGUGAGUGCUACCUGUAAACACUGUUCAAUCUGUGAUGCUGUGUUUAUGCAAAUGUCUGUGCACGUGCGUGUGUGUGUGCGUGCGUGUGUGUGCGUGUCGCUGAGUCUCCAUCUAACUACAAAGAAUUAAAAACCAAACACACCACCCUCUGAACUUGACAAAACAAAAUAAAAUGGCAAAGUUUCCAUUUACUCAAAUAUUCAGGCAAAGCCAGAAAGAGUAGAAUAAACAAGCUGUGAGUGUGAUGCACUAUGACUAACAAAGUUUUUUUUUUUCACCUUAAAUGUGCAAAGUAGCCCAAACAUGAAAAUGAAACUAAAACAUGUAAAUACCUAGUUCAUGGGAUCAAAAUAAUGCAAAAUGAAACAAAUUUAAAUCUCACGUUCGAUUCUUCGGAGUGUUUGUGUUAGUGUGUUGCUGCAAACCAGGUGUCCAGGUGUGUUUGUAAUGUGGAAGGAAUAGGUUGACGUUUUAGGAAAUACUUAUUGACAUUGCCAUGAAUUUGACAAGCGCUAAUGAGGGGGUUUAAAUAUGAAGUUACUGCUAGCUACAGAGCUAGCAUGACGUUAGCUUUAGAACAAACUGCUAAAACUGGGAAACACCAACGUUGGCUGUCCCCAUGUUUACCAUUUGGAUUUCAUUAAUAAUUGAAAAGAAUUCUGGGCCACUGGUCGAGAACGUGGGGAGGUGGAUUUAGUUACAGUUAGCGGUUUAUUCUCUGGUUCCUAUUGUAAAACGUCCCCGACCGAGUGCUAAGCAGCUAGUGGCUGUACCUUCAUAUUUAUUGCUUAGACAUAAAAGUGGUAUCAGUAAUCAUAACCUCCUUAAUAAAAGAGCACAUGGGUGUCUCUAAUUUCAGAUAUUUUAAAUGUUUUGUCUUAAUUUAUUAUCGUGUUACCAAUAGCCACGAAGUUUACGCAGUGUCUGAGACAAAACAUUAAGUCAAACUUCAAGGGAAACAUAGUCAGUGUUCUUCAGCCAUGGCUUCUGUUUGCAUUCCCUUUACUUGCACGACUAAUUAUAUCAUGCUCCACGAGCAAAACUAUAGAAGACUAAUAUUUUAGAUGAAGCUAUCUAAAGUAGAUUUUCAUAAGAAAAGCCAAUAUUUGCCUUUACCUUAUAGUUAGUUAUUUACAGAAACUACUGUGUGUAGAUGAGAAAUUCUAGCUGUUCUUUCUACAGUACGGACGGUAUCAAGGGGACCAGUACGCGUUGAAGUCUGUAAGAAGUGGUUAGAGAUGUAAAUAUAUACAAAUAAUAUAUACCAAGUCAAUAUAGGUGAGAUAACUUAUUGACCUGCAUAGUCUGCCAUAGAGGACACUGUUACCAGAAGCAAAUUUCCGACAUGAAACAUUCAACAAAUCACAAAAACAAAAUUGAAGACCAUGUACUUUGGAUUAUAAUAGAGAAUCUAAAUAUUAUUUUGAGAGAAUAUUAAAUAUUUUAUUUACCGUACAAACAUGUUGUGUUGAACCACAGGGAGAAAAACACUAAACUUUCUUUCAGCCUUUCGUUGCCAUUUCAUUUGUUCCACAGAAACUAACUGACCUGUAUGCGAACAGUAAAACAAGGCCUCUGCAAAGGAACGCGAAACGAGUGUGUGACAUGUAACGGUAGUGAAUCACGUCCUUUAGAAGAAUCUCUAAUGCACCCUCUGACUAUGCCAUCCCCGCCACGCGCAAACACAAACGCUAGCAAGACUGUUGAAACUAAACUUUAAUAACUGCUCUUCUGAUCACUGUGUCUCUUUUCACCCUGCGACUAAGCCUUAGCACGCGUUGUGUUUACCCCAACAUUUUUCUGACUGUGAGAGAUUGUGUGCGAGGCGGAGACAGACGCCAACACACGCUGAUUCAAACCGGCUCUCACUUUUAAAGAGAGUGAUGCUACUUUUAUUCUGAAAUUUGCUAAAGACUUUGGUGUGUACAGAUUGUCUGUGGGUCUACUUUUGCCCCUGUCUUGGUUGUCCCUGAAGCUGUAUGAUCAAAAACUAUAAAAAAAAUCUAUCAUUGUAUGACUAGUCAUUUAUUCCAGCCAUACUCCUCUCCAAUCCCAGUGCCAACGACUAAAGCUUUUAUUUUGAACACAGUUGUUGUGAACGGUUCUUUUUUCUUUUGUGUUGCUUGCCGUUUACUGUAGUUGUUGGACUGAUUUGUGUCCUAUGCAUUUAAGCCUAAACCUCUGCACUGUAACAUAUAUUCCCAACAAAUCCGUUAGAUCUAAAAAAAAAAAAAACAAGCUCUCUCAUGUCAUUGUGUUUUACAAGAUAUUUCUGCAUGGAAGGUGUGAGUGAUGAGGUAUAUGCUCAGAGAAGCUGAAAGAAACUCUCUAUUCGUUUAUAUGGAAAGCUUGAAAAAUUUCCAAACAGAAUCUCUCUGCAUGAAACACCCAAGUACUCAGUCCUAUGGUAUUGUUAAAGGAAUAGUCCAUCCUUAACCUUUAAUGCCGUUAUAUGCCCUACUGUUUCCCUGGCUACCACAUCUUCUCCUGCAUGUACAUUAGUUUUGUUUUGGAUUUUUUUUUCUUUACAGUACCUUAUUUCUACACUGUUGCAAAAGUUAUAGCAAAAACUGUAUUUUGUAAUUAACCAAAUUAUUAUAAAGUAUGUCCUGGUCCUUGUUUUUGGGUGGAUUUUCCCUUUGGCCUCCAGGCUGUCCCCUGCUAAUCCAGACCUCUGGUCAAUCACAGAACUGAACUGAGUGUGAUGUGAUGUCACAGUGAUGUCAGGCAAAGGCAGCAUUCAUCCUACUGCUACUGUAUGACCUGUGGCUAAUAUACUUCCCAAGAAUUUAUGUGGACACCAGAGGCACUGGUUCAGUGAUCUUGUGAAUCAAACACCAGGCUUUUCUUUCCAGAUAAUAGUAUGUUCCACUGUACAAAUGACCAACAAGACAAGGUGGGGAAGAAGAAUACUUGUUUUAUUUUUAAGUGCAUUUUAAAUAGCAACUUGUGAAUUUAGAUGUAUGUGACCAAGUGAAUUUCUUUUGUUUGUCUUUCAGAGUGUCAAUAGGUAACAGACUCAUGUUAGCAACUGUGGUAGUUUGUCAGUACGGUAGCUUGACAGUAGGAUUGUCCACACAAUAUCUGUAAUCAAUCAAACUGCUUGAUGCUCUUGAAGCUCCAGGUUAAUGCUCAGAUUUUUAAAAAAUCAGGUUAUUUAUUGGAGUGUUUAAAUGUGGCUGUGCUGCAACCCCCUCCUUUUCUUUCUUUUUUUUUAAUCCAUUUAUUGCUCCCCACUUCACAAUGUGGCACAGCCUACUUAUUCACCAAGCAGAUUGUAUGUUUGGCAUUACUAAGCAUUUUUCUGUAGCCAUCGGCACAUAAUAUAGCAACAUAUCAGUCACAAAUGAUGUCAGAUUUGGAUUUCCAUGUACCAAGUACAUAUCAACUUAGUGAAUGCUGCAAAGUAUAAAUUUACUAAAACAUACAUGUAUUUAUGGUGAAUACUUGAUUAUCAUCAGUACAAAGUGGCAGAUAUUGUGUGAAGGUAUUCAGCAUGUAAUGCUAACAAUCGAUACAGACUCACUCAAACAUCAUCAUUUUCCCUAAAGGAUAAACUGUGUUUUACUUUUUGAUUUUAUUGGGCUGUAUAUAUGUAUUUUGAAUAUAUAUCACUGUGUUUGUUUUGGAAUUGAUUAAUUUAUUUUAUGCUUAUAUAUUGUUUUUACAAAUCUUGCUUUUGUUUUACUAACUGGAAACAAAUCAAGGGGAUCAAAACUUGCUUAUCUAAUGUUAAACGCACCCUGCAGCCACAUGUUAUUCUCUUUCUUUAUGUUUUGCUGUUACAGCUUUGGCUAAUGAUUUUGCAAAAAAAAAGUGAUUCAUUUCAUUGUUUUAACUGAUAUGUAACAUAUUAUGUUUUACUGUGUCGUAUUUGGUCAGAUGUGUUGUGUUGAUUCAGAGAGUUUCCAAAUCAUGACAAAAGACAAAAGCAGUCACAAAGUUUUAAUCUGCCGUUUUGUUCAUAUAGGACAUGUUGUCACUUGCACAUUGCACCAAGAGCAGGAAGUUUAAAGACAGAGUCUUAAAAUGUUGAAUGCUAAAUGUUCAACAAAUGAUGAGCCCUGAUUUGUAGAUUGCAAUUCAGUUUAAUAAUUAAUUCAGCCAAGACAUUUAACUAAGAUAUUCAGUGGGAUUUUCUUUGCUUUAUAAUUCUCCUCAUUGAAAAAUAUUUGAGUUUUAAACGCUGAAAUGACCUUUGAAAAAAAUGUUCAAGACGUCACUAGUGUAAAUAAAAUAAUAAUUUAAUAAUACCCGCAAACACAUGACAAAAAGCCAGUUAGCUUCUGCUAGCUAGCGCAACAACAAAUGAAAUGUCCACAGACAGAAUAAACUCACUAAACUAAUACUAGCUUAAUGUGGAAGCAUGUUACGAUAGUUAUCUUCUAGGCUAAUUAGCUACAAGAGCAACAUGUACAGGUACUGUUUGUAUUACUCAGUCAAACACCACCUGACACCACCUGAACUACCUGCUAACUGUUCAGUAUUAAAUAUGUAUGUCAUGAAAUCUGAUUGAACUUCAAGAUGCUAGUGAAUGGGUUAAAGGAUGCGUGGAUGUAGUGAUGAAAAGAUACAGUAAUCAGUGCUGGAUAAAGUGGAAGUAGUGAAUGAGAGUUCUGGGAGUACAGACUCUCCUAAAGAGGAGAGGUGUACAGACAAAUGCUGUAUGUAGGUUCAUGGUUAGCAUCUACUUACAUUAGUAUCAUUUUGAAUGUGGUAAAUCUUGCGCAAGACUAUUGUGCAAUAUUGUGGUGUGGUUCAUGGUAGUUCAGUGUGAUGAUGUUAGGAAUGCUGAUGCACCCUGAACAUACUUAGUUUUUUCCUUUGUAUAAUUUACGGGAAACGUGUGGAGCUGGGUUACAGUAAGUUUCGUUUUCCAGUAGACGAUUAACUGCACCUGGUUACAUUUCGAUAGUCUGACAGUCUUGGAAGCCCAGACGCCAUGACUCAACCUCAGCUACUGGCUGAGCGUGUUCACCGACAAUCGUUGGGUAGAUCAGAUGGUCCCAUUAAUCAGAACAUAUUUCUGAGGUUAAUAUACAUUGUGCUGUGGAUUUCAAUGGUGUGAGGUAUCAUGUGGGUGUAAGUUUAUCAAAAUGGUUAAAAACACCUACAGUAUGGAGGUCAGACAUUGUCACUCUAUGACACUGAGGACAGGCACAUCCACGAUUCUCAAGCCCUGACUUCAAGUAGUGGAGGUGUCCCCAAAAUGUUCGGAAAUAGAAUUCUUAAUUUUUUGCUUAUGGGUAGUGUGUAAAAAACUGGAAGGCUGUUUUAAGAAUAAAUGUAAACCUUUUGAUGUAAGUACGGUUGUUUAGUUCUUAUGAUGCGUCGUAUGUGUUCCUGCUUUGUGAGUCAGUCAGUGGGAUGCCUUCAUGUUACUUUGUGAAGUGCUUACUUAAUGGUUGGUAACAGGUGUAGUUUACUCAUACAGUCAAUCCAAUCCACCAUGUUGUUUCACCAUUAUUUGGAUCUAUUCUAGUAUAAAGUGCACACAUUUGAAUUUGCUUGAGAUGAUGAAAAAUGUCCCAGUGAUGAAGGUAAAAUGACUUUGGAUGGUGACAUGGCCCAGCUGUGCAGUGAAAAGCAUCAUUUGAUUAUUAUCAUUAAUAUAUUCAUAAUAACAUGUGAUCAUAACAUGGAUUCUACAGGCUCAAGGCUGUUAGUAACUUUUGCUUUUGUUUUCCUCUCAUGGGGCAAGUACUUCAGGAUUUAUUUUGCAAUGAUUGCAACAUGCUAUGGUUCAGAAACAUAUAAUGGUGUGGCUCUUUGUCAUGAUUUACAUGAGACUGAACUGAAACAUGCCAUUUUGUCAUUGUGCUAAAUUAAAUAUGAAUAUAUUAAAAUAUAUUUGCUAACCAAAA